UGUUAUCAUUGAAUGCAAUCAUUUGUUUUGUUUGAUUGCAUUGACUAUUGAAUUGCAGUUUUGUUUUAAUUGUUUUGUUCAUUGAUUACAACCAAUAAUUGAUUUAAUAUUAUCACCGAUGAAGACAUCAUUUAAAGACAUUUGAAAACAGUUUUAUUGAAAUAAAAUAAAAAUUUUUUGAAGUAAUAAUAAUAAUAAAGAUAUUUAGAAGACUGAAGACUAAACAGACAAAUACAACAACAAUGACACCGAAGAAUGACUCAUUUGAUCGCUUCGGCGAUGAUUUGGCGGAACUAUUGUUUAAAUAUAUGCCGAUUGAAGACAAACUAAGACUGCAAUCGGUGUCCAAACAGUGGUUGCAAUUGUUAUUCAUUGGACAAACGUAUCUCAUAUUUGGCGAUAGUUUUUAUAAAACAUUUAAUUUUACUGAAAGAAGACGUAAUGAAAUAUUUAUGAUUUUUGAGUCAAUCUUUAAGAAGUGUCCAAAAAUUGAUCGACUAGUAGUCGGCCGUCAAUCGGUAUACAAUCAAUAUAUACGUUUGGAUGAAAUUUUUGAUCAAUUUUUCGACCUAUUGAUAAUAUACUGUCCGCGUUUGCGACACAUUAUUAUUGAAUAUAUACCGCCACGAGGUAGCUUUCUGGCCGAAGUUACCGAUAAAACUAUUGAACGUUUUGUGGCCGCCUAUGGCCAACAAUUGCUGACAUUUAAGUUUAUUACCGAUUGCAGCACUCAAUUGAUGUUUAGCGACAAAUUUUUGCCACAUUUACAUCAAUUCAAAUGUUUAAAAUAUUACGGAAGUCAGCUAACGAUUAAUGAAUUAUUUGAUUAUCAACAACAAGAUGUGUUCAGAGGUAUUGUUGUUUUGCCCACAAGUCUACAGUCGAUUUGCAUUGAAUUGACAGCUAAUUGUCUGCCAAUGUUUGCGUCGUUUGCAAUCAAUUAUGGUCACCAAUUGAAAGCAUUAGAUAUUAUUAGAUGUGACUUAAGGGACGAAACACCGGUUGAACAAACAUUUGUAACGACAUUAUUAAAGUUUUGUCAAUUAAGACGACUCCGAAUACAUGUUAGAUUCGAUCAUUUUAAUCAAUUAAUUGAUGAACUAUUGAGACAACAUUUUAGCCGUCGAUGUCAUCAACUAAGACGUCUAUAUCUAACCGGAGAUUCUUAUAACAAUAUAAAUAGAGAAUCUAUUAACCAAUUGAUUGAUAUUUUAGGCAAAGAUCUUAAACAAUUGAAACGACUGGCCAUUCAUUGUUUUGCUGAAAAUGAAUUAUCCAAUUAUAAGACAAUACUAAACAGUGAUUCACUAAAAAAUAUGAAACAAUUGACACAUUUGUCGCUUCAUUUUCUAUCUAAAUUCUGCGGCGACGAGAUUUUCCGGGAUAUUGACAGCCGUUUACCGCGACUUGAAUUCAUUGACAUCAAUAAUCCGAUCAUUACUCGUGAGUCAAUGCAAUCCAUGUCCCGAUUGCGUCACUUAAAUUGCGUACGAUUAGCCGGUUGUCAUAAUCCAGAUAUUGAUGACAACUAUAGUAUGGAUGAUCUGAUUUCGGCGCUAUCAAUGGUCACCAAUGUUUACAUAUCGUUUAGUAAAAAUACUAAAUAUGUUAUCAAAGUGAUUUAUCAAAGGAUUGCAUAUAUUUCUGUGAAAACUAUUAACUAUUAAUAAACACAACAUCGUCGGCGACAAUAACUGUAAAGAUUACCACAAAUACAAUAAUGAGGGACUCGUUUGACCGCUUCGGUGAUGAUUUGUGUGAUUAUCUGUUGCAUAAUCUAGAGAUUAGAGAAAAGUUAAGAUUACAAUCAAUUGCCAAACAAUGGUUAAGACUAUUGUUGACUUCAUUUAAUUGCUUAAUAUUUGGCAGAGUAUGUGGUAUUGACAUUAAAAGUGAUGACAUAUAUAAGGAUGAAGUUUUCAAUUCAAUAAUAAGCAAAUGCGCUAAAUUGACUUCAAUUAUAUUUGAUAACAGUAGUCUCACAACUGAUAAUAAUUUGUUGUCAAUGAUAGAAAUGUGCAAUAAUUUACAAAAUGUUUCACUAAAUAUUCACAUUACACAAGAUAUAGUUUUGUACAAUUUUGAUCCAUUUUUCCAAAAAUUUAAUGAAUUAAAAUCAUUUGAAAUACUGACAAAUGAAAACAAUCAUCCAGUGAUUGUCAAUAAAGUAAACCAUUAUUUAACGAAACUCAAGAAGUUGGUUGUCAUUGAUAGUUCAAAAUUAAUAGAUUUUUGCGUUUUUUUCAAUAAAAUUAAAGUCUGUUUGUUGCCCACAAGUCUACAGUCGGUAUCAUUUGAUAUGACAAUUGAGUGGCAAUCAUUGUUUGGUCUGUUUGCCGACAAUUAUGGACAACGAUUGAUAACACUUC